AUGAGGGCAAGAGGCACACGGACGCAAGACGGAGUCGACUGCCAAGGUAUCCCUGGCAAAAGCAGACAGAAGAGAUCGCCAGUGAAGUCCCGCAUCGCCCUGCUGAAGCAUUUUGCUGGGAAAGUCUUCUAUCUUGACCUGCCGUCCAACAGAACAGCAGAGUUGUUGGAGAGAGAUAUAAAAGACCUCGGAGGGAGUGUUGAGAAGUUUUUCAGCAAAGACAUCAAGUACCUCGUAUCAAAUAAGAGGGAAGCCAAAUACGUGCAAUGCCUCAGAAAUGUCUCGCCGCUCCCAAGCCCGCAAUCUGUACGGAGUUCACCUUGUUCUCGAAACCACCCAGAACGCGUUAGCGACAGCAUCAAGAGCAGGUCUCAAGGUCACGCUGACACGUUUGUCACAAGCCGUGGAAAGUCUUUAUUUGAAAAAGCUGUGAAAGAAAUGGACAUUUUGCAGACAGACCAGCUUGUGUCAAAGGCUCUAGAGUGGGGAGUAAAAGUCCUCUACAUUGAUGAUGUGUUGGCAUACACGGAGAAGAAAAAAAAGGCCAUUGCAAGCCAGUGUCAAAUCUGUGCUGCUGCCAAAACAGCUGUCAAAGCAGCAUCAACAACAAAGCUCACGUGUCAGAAAGCCAAAGGAGGGCGGAUUCGUAAACCUUUCAUCAAAGUUGAAGAUUCAAGCAGACAUUAUUGUCCGAUAUACGUCACCAUGACCAAAAUACCAGAGUUGAAUCUAAAGACGCUUGCUCCUCAUUGUCCCUUCUUGAUUGAUGGUAAACAACCUGCUGGGGACAAACAGCAGGGGAACAGUGCCAAAGCUUCAAUUUGUGAAGGACAAGCUGCCAGUCGAAAAAAAAACAAAGUAAAGAAAGGAAGUGGCUACUGCGAGUGUUGCUUGACUGGGUACGAUAACCUGACAACACACCUGCGAAGUGAACGCCACCAGGCUUUCUCCAAGAGCGAUGCUUACCAAGUUUUGAACCAACUAAUUUCAACACUACACUGCAGCUUUACCCAUUCCAAAAUAUUUAUUAGAAGGCAAAAGCAGAGAAGUGUCGGUCCCCUGUCCUACCUUACGUCGUCCCCGCCUCUCGACACCCUCCAUCCUCUCUUCCUCUCCCCGCCUCUCUCAUCCCUUGCCACUGAAGAACCGCUGUGUCUCGGAGCGCUCAGACGCGCACGGCGUUUAGUCUCGUCCGGACCCCAGAUGGCCCUCCAUCACAGGGACUGCAUGAAGCAUACCAGCAAGCCCAGCUCCAUCCUCCCCUAG